AUGGGAUUAUUUUCGCAGGUGAGCUCAGCUGUUUCUUGGCAUGGUCAAGGCUCUAAGUUAUCGAAAGAUGACAAUCCGCCUGAGGGUGCUGAUGCUGAUGACAUGGAAGAGCUGGAUGAUGAAUCAGGAAGCAUUCUAUUAAGUCUGAUCGGACAACUUCGCCUUGGUAUGGAUCUACACAAGGUGACACUCCCAACUUUUGUGUUGGAGCCUCGCAGCAUGUUGGAGCGUGUGACCGACUUUUUGAGUCAUCCAGACUUGAUUUUUGGUGCAGAUCGCCUCGAGAAUCCAGAGGAGCGUUUCCUUGCAGUCCUAACGUAUUAUAUGUCUGGGUGGCAUAUUAAGCCAAAAGGAGUGAAAAAGCCAUACAAUCCUGUGCUGGGUGAAUUUUUCCGUUGUACAUAUGCGUACCCCAAUGGCACAACGGGUGUGUACAUCGCCGAGCAGGUAUCACACCAUCCACCUAUUAGCGCAUAUUAUUAUGUGUCGCCCGAGAACAAUAUCUUAAUUUAUGGUGAUUUACGACCCAAGAGCAGGUUCCUUGGUAAUACCGCGGCAAAUAUUAUGGGUGGCACGAGUCGUAUUGUACUCUUGAGUCGGCCUGAGGAUGGAGAGUACAGCAUAAGUAUGCCUAAUAUGUACGCCCGUGGAAUUCUCUUUGGGAAAAUGGUACUUGAACUAGGAGACCACAGCGAAAUGGUGAAUAAAAAUCUUCAAAUGUCUACGGACGUUGAGUUCAAAGUAAAAGGCUACUUUACUGGUUCUUAUAAUAUGAUUGAAGGCAAGAUUAUGCGUAACGGUCGCCAAGUGGGCAAUAUGUACGGGAAAUGGAGUGGCAAGAUGGAGUACAAAGACUCUCACACAGGCCACACACGCCUUCUAUUUGAUGCUCACAAUGCCCAAGCUGUGCAAAAGCAGGUGCCCCCAAUAGAUCAGCAGAUGCCGAACGAAUCACAGCGUCUCUGGCUUAAAGUGACAGAAGGAAUUAUGUCAAGGGACAUGAACAAGGCAACUGAAGCGAAAUCUGCGAUCGAAGAUGGUCAGCGUGAAGAUGCACAGGAGCGAGAAAAGCAGGGUAUCAUGUGGAAGCCUAAAUUCUUUGCACUUCAUAAUGAUCGCUACAUCCCUGUGUUGGGAUCUCUACCAGAAGAGUAUCGACCGGCGGGCGCAAUAAAGCACUUCACCACAUAUUCACAAUGA